AGGCAGAAGACUGUUUGUUGGGUUGGGGUGUUUGCGCAUUGUGCGCGGUGUGCGUCGCUUCUGUGGAGCCGGCGCGUUCUGGAGUCGCGGGGUUUUGCCGAUGAUCGUUUGUGGGCAGGGACCGGCAGUUCCAAGUAUCCAGCUCCUGUUAGUGUGUAGCCGAUGUAGCGGCUGCUUGGUGUGAUGUGUAAUGGCUCCUGUGUUGAGUGCUCUGUGGGGUUCAGGGGUUGCAGGAUCGGAGAUCAGCGCUGAGCUGACUGUAGUGACUACGCUUACAGCAUUCUGGGCCUUUUUGCUGCUCACUGUGCUGCUGGUUCUUUGUACUGGCUGUCAAGGGCAAAAGAAAGCAACCCAGCUCCCUGGAGACCAUGAGAACCUGAUGAAUGGGGUGUCAGAAAAGGAAACAUGUAGCCAAACAGCAGAUACAGGCAGCCAUGGCACUGACCUGGUGGCCAGUAGCUCCUUCAACGGGCCUCUUACAAGCGGUACAGUUCUCACAGACACUGUGGACACAAGCCCACACCCUUCAGAAGAAAUGCUGUCCAUCCAGUCAGAGCAUCGCUCUUCUAAAUGCCCCCAGGACCGCGAGUUGCCCAGCAUUCCCGGCGCCAACGCUCUGCCCUCUUCAGAGGCGUCAGCCGCUACGAACAGAUUGUCUGGGGAGGGCACGUACGAGAUGCUGAAGGACGCAGCCCCACAAGAUGUCAUAGAAGACUCACCCUAUGAGACGGUAAAAGAGUGUAAGGAGGCAUGCCUUACUAAUGGGAAACUGGCCCCUGACGAACCUCAGACUGGCCAGCCCAACGGGCACCCGAGCCCUAGCCCCGGCACGCCUGACCCGCUGGCCGAUGGCGCGGAGUAUGCCUCCAUCGACCUGAAGAAGAAGAGCCGUUACAGCGUAGAAGCUGAGGCUCAGCGCUCAUCUGUAGUGCAACCUGACGAGGAAAAUCCACCACCUAUACCCGAUAAAGUGCUGGAUGAGAAUGAGAACCAAAAUAUUACUACACUGCAGAAUGGAGAGAUAUCGGACCUGUACACCACUGUAGAUAAGCCAGCGAUGGAGGAGGAAAAAGAACACGACUACAGCAGCAUCAGCGAGAUCCGAGGCAUAGUGGUGGAGUCGAGCUCCAGCGAGCUGUACGCGACGGUGAAAGACGUGUGCCACUCGCCCCCUGCCGAGCAGCCUGCGGAGAACACGGACCACGGGUACGAGUCCAUCAAGAUCGCGAAGAGCGUAGAAGACGAGGGCCAGCCUGAAGACGGGGGCCAGCAGGAAAACGGGCUUGUGGAGCCCGACUACGCAAACUUUGAAGAGCUGGAGCCAGAAAGUGAGACUUCCCGUCUCUGACUGAGAGUCAUGAAGCACUUCGGCAAAUCUGAGUGACAUAGCAGUGGCUCAGAUGGACUUAGUUUAGCACUUAUUUACUCAGAACGUUGGCAUUCCAGUAAAUGAAAUGAAUAGGGUGUCUUAGCUUGUGCUUAUGGUAUAAAGGUUUAGAACGGAUUUUUUUUUUUUAUGUAAUGGUGCAUGACAGCACAUAGUUAUGCACACUCUCAAUGUGUACACCUGGGUUUCCAGUGGGAUUUCUUGUUUCCUCCAACGUCCCAAAUAGCAUGCCGGUUGGUGGAUUGGCUAAGAUAAAUUGCCCCUAGCUGUGGAGGAGUAAGUGCAUUCCAGUCCAUCUAACAUGUGAUUGACUGGUGUCCCACCAAGGUAAAUAUAUUUCAGCCUAAGCACCCUAACUCUCACCAGGAUAAAGCAGGUACUAAAGAUUAACAAAUGAAAGGAGUUCUGUUGUUAUAAAAAUGUCUUCGUUAUUACGUUAUAGCAACUUCUGCUUAGUUUCACCUUAAGGCAAGAAAGACAGUGAUGUGACUAUUUGGGUGCCAUAAUAUAUAGUCACCGCAGUGCUCUCAUUAUGUUGCUUGACACUUAGAGGAGACAACCAGCAACACAGCUGUAGCAAAACGUAUAUAUUUAAUUACCUCGCAGCUUCUGAAUCUGAGGUCAAGAUGCAAGACGUAUGCACAUGUAUACAAAAAAUAUUGCUUUGGACACAUCUGUGCCAUUUCUGUUUAUAAUCAGGAGAAUUUCGAAUAAGAUACGGAAAUGCCAACAUGUACAGUUUAGCUGUAACAUUUACAAGGUUUGACCACUGAUAUGAAAAUUCUAUGCUUUUUUAAAUGAAGCAGCGGUCAAACUACACAAGAAUAAGCUUCGCUAAGUAGAGAAGACAGUUCACUGAAGGGCAAAGGACACAGUGUAUAAUAUGCAUUUGCUUUCAUGCAGAUUUUAUGUUAAAGAUGAUGUCUCUUGUUGGUUAACGCAUCGGCUAGAAUGUAUCGUUCAGUAGAGUUUUACAAUAUUACUUACAUAUGUUAUGGCUUUUGUGGGGUUUUUUUCUGAGUAGCAUCUUGUUAGCAUGUUGGCACCUCUGGAUCAUGUAGAUAUAUAUCACCUCUUGUGGUACGUACAACUCUCAAUAACAAUCAUAGAAAAAAAGCACCUCAAUUGCUGAUGUAGGAAUUUUCUAAAUUAUUUGUGAUGUGAAGUAUAUUUUAAUGUUAAAAGCACCUGGUAACCUGUGUGACAAAAUGAAUUAUGUUCAUUAAUUAUGUAUUGAUCAGUCAUAUAAAUUGCAUUGCCAUAGCGUAUUGUAGGUACAGAUUUGUGCACUGCCCGGCCAAAAAAAAAGGAAAAAAAAAGGCCAUACUAAUAGUUCAUUGGAGUUGCAUUCAUUUUUCUCCAAGAUCUUUUAUUGACCACUGCAUAAAGCUUUCUCCAGCUCAUUCAAAAGAUUUUUAAAGAGGUCUGGUGGCUAAUUCAUGUGUAAAAUGAGCCACUCUUUCACAAUGUGAGCCUGAUGAAUCCUGGCAUUGGCAUCUUUGGAAAAUGCCCGUACCAUCACGAACGAAAUAAUUGAUCGAGAAACCUGGUCAUCCAGUAUAUUCAGGUAGUCAGCUGACUGUUAUGUCACAUGACACUGUUGAAAAUAGACCUGACCAACAAAAGCACCCCCUGAUCAUAACACUGCCCCCACAGGCUUUUACGGUAGGCACUUGGCAUGGUGGGUGCAUCCCACUGGAACAGGGUAAAUCUGGACUCAUCAGACCACAUGAACUAUUUCCAAUGCUUCACUGUGCACUCUUUAUGCUCCCUAGCAAACUGCCUUUUUGCAGUGUAGUCUUUUUUUUUAAAUAGUCUCACUGAUAUGUGGGUUUUCUUAAGGCUACACAGCUGUUUAGUCCCAAUCCUUUGAGUUAUCUUGUCAUUGUGCAUGUGGAAAUGUUCAUACCGUCACUAUUAAACAUAGCUGUAAAUUCUACUGAUUUUUAUAUAUAAUUUCAUUUCCCCAAACAUUUAGGUGAUCUCUGAUCACAUUUUAUCUUCGAAGAUGAUGGGUCACCACUGUCCUUUUAGGUUUUAAUGAUGUAGUUGACAAUUCUUGUUCAACUGUAGUAGUUUGAGCAAUCUCCUUAGUUGUUCUCUUUUCUUGAGGAUACAGUAUGUAUUACAGCCAAUAGAAGGCUGAACUGUUUCUUAGGUGAUGCCUUUUCUUUUUUUCUUUGGCCAGGCAGUGUAUAUUGGUAAAGCACAAAAGGUACUCACCUUGACACUAGUACUACCAUGUACAAACUUCAACUAGAAAGUGCUUUUCAAGAAGUAUAAGGCAUACGACAGACAAUGCUUGUGUGACUAUGACACGGCAAGAGACACUUGUAAAUAACUCGUCAUGACUUUUAACAUAUUGUACGAUUUUACCUACCACUUCAAUAACGUGCCUGUGCUCUUUCUCCUCUCUCCUUUUACAAUGAAGGCUUUAAUUAUGUAUCUCUUUCUCUUCGACUUAUAAAGCACAGGAGUCUCUAUGGAUUUUUUUAAGUGCUGUGGUUGUUUAAAAAAAGGAAUUACUAAACGUUUAGAGAAUAUAAAAAAGGAUGCUGACUUUUAUAAAAUGGUCCCACGGUGUACGGUGUGAUUGUGAGUGGGACCUGUGAGGUGAAAAUGUUGGUACUCGCUCUGUAUUCUGAAGGUACAUGCAUUAUUUAAUAACAUGUUAUAAUAUUGUUAACAUUUGCGUCAUAGUGAAUUGAGUGUGAGUAUUUAAUUAUAUUUUUUAUUUUGUUCCUUUUUUUGUAAAUAUGUAUCACUGCAUUUUGUUUGUAUCAUGAUAAUCUUUUUUUAAAUGUCCUUUGCAAAUUAAAUACUGCAGUCAUGCUGGAUUCAUCAAA